CCUCUAGCCAGGCAUAUUCGUACUGAUACAGCAGCAUGCAGAACCGCCUUUCAUCCAAUGUUCCACGAUAGGGUAAGGGGAGGUGCUCGUGAGCCACCGUUCUGCAACAGACUACAUAUAGUUACAUACAGUUGCAGAUAGAACCAAACUGAUCCAUACCGUGCAAGUGGCCCCUCGCCCGCCUUUCCCAGUCAGUUCCACUUACCCGCCUUGCUGACCAACAUCAAGCAAGGCACGGAGCACAUAACAGCCUGCCAUGCGGUCGCCUUUCCGCACUUUUACCCGCAGAAGGGCACACGAGAGUGAACAGGUGCAGCAAGUCCAUGUCGAUUCUUCAGUCACGGUUCGUCUGGCCAGCCUCCCUCAAGCCUCCAGCUGCCUCCAACCACCAGCCACCAGCCUACACAGAACGAAAGCGGACAUGGAAACAGUAGUGGGAGUGGGAGUGGGAGUGGGAGUGGGAGUGGGAGUGGGAGUGGGAGUGGGAGUGGGAGUGGGAGUGGGAGUGGGAGUGGAAGUGGGAGUGGGCGUGUACCUACGUGUCCGUGGAACAUACCUCCACGGAUUUAUCGAUUCCAGCGGUCAAGGUAUUCGAACUGCGAGACAGGGCAACGUCUUUACCCGUAUGGUAUUGCUUCCAGGCUCCAACGAUCGGCUGUUAUUUGCUGCUGCCCCGACCCGGCGGGCCGUUAGAAGAUUGGAACGCUGCUCUCCUGAGGCUGCUUUACGACCACACGCCAACGUCGCUGCAGCCUCCCGCUCUCCCUCUAAGUCUUAG